AUGGAUGUCGUAACCGAUUUACCUCAGUUACCUCAAAAGAAACAUUAUAGGCAAAGAGCACAUUCAAAUCCUCAUUCUGAUCAUGAUAUCGAGUAUCCAAGAACUCCAAACGACAUGAACUGGACUACUUUAUACGGAGAUUAUACUCAGAGUCGUAAAGUAGAGUUUAUCGAUGUAGGAUGUGGCUAUGGAGGUUUACUAAUGAAGUUAUCACCUUUGUAUCCAGAGGUACUAAUGUUGGGCCUCGAAAUCAGAGUUGCUGUGUCUGACUUCGUCUCAGAAAAAAUUCGAGCUCUUCGCGCCAGAUCAGCUGAUGAUCAAACAGUAGGAUUUAAAAAUAUUGCUUGUUUGAGAUCAAACGCGAUGAAAUAUUUACCAAAUUAUUUCACGAAACACCAGUUAUCGAAAAUGUUCAUUUUGUUCCCUGAUCCUCAUUUCAAGAAUAAGAAACAUAAGUGGAGAAUAGUUACUCCAGGUCUUCUAGCUGAAUAUGCAUAUGUUAUUCGGCCAGGAGGACUUCUAUAUACAAUGACUGAUGUUGAAGAGCUUCAUAAUUGGAUGGUGGAGCAUUUAACGGAACAUCCCUUGUUUGAAAGAUUGACAAAAGAAGAAGAAGCUGCUGAUCCCGUAGUUCCUAUGCUUUAUGAGAGUACGGAGGAAGGACAAAAAGUGACUCGUAACGAAGGCGAUAAGUUUCCCGCGGUUUUCAGGAGAAUAUCCGAUCCUCAAUGGUGA